AUGCUGUCGCUGACCAACCCAGAUGCGAACUUUAUCGCUCUCAACCCAGUUGUGGCUGACCGCUUAGAGGAAGUUAUCCAAGCGCAAGCACGGCUCAUAGAAACGCAUAUAAUACAAGCCCAGCAGCGACCUGGAAAUGAAGUCCAAUCGAACCAGUGCCCACCGACGACUACACUGUAUAGUUCUCCGUCAGACCGCUCUGCUGCUCCCGAACCCAGCCCAAAGGAUAUUCUAUAUCCCCAUUCAACAGCCUCAAAUUUCCCUACAGCGCACCGCCGUAUCUCGGCUGUAGCAACAUAUAACCAAGAGCAAACCACGUCUACGCCAUCGGAUAGGUCAUUCAAUACUACUUCGCCAAUUCAGCUUCAAAAUGGCCUUUCUCCACAAAAGGUACCGCCGCCACCAGGGGAAACUGUUUCCCUUGCCGAUCAUAAUGCCGAUCUCCCGCCCUAUGAUCUUUUAUAUUCAUUGGUCGACCUUUUCUUUGAGCAUAUUAAUGGCUGGCUCCCUAUACUUCACCGGAGAACAACUUUGGAUACGCUCUUUGGACCAUCGCCAUUAAGUGAAGAGGAUAGGAUGCUGUUAUACGCUAUAGUUGCAACGACUCUGCGAUUUUCAAAAGAUACACGGCUCAAUGAAGAAAAUAAGAAACGAUACCAUGACGCUCUGGUGAUCUUGACGCUGGACGUCGUUGGAACAUCGAAUGGCCCGCCAGGAUGGAAAUUACUUGCAGUCAUCGCUAGAUCUGUUGUCCAACUCGGCCUAGCCGUAGAAGCUACAUCAUCUUUAGUUGCAACCAUGUUUCCAUCCAUAUAUACACUUAGGGCCAACAUCCUUCCUGACUCUAGGAAUUGGGUGGAAGAUGAGGGUCGGCGGCGGCUAUUCUGGGCUGCCUAUCUAUUAGAUAGGUAUUCUACAAUAGCCACGGCCUUCGAUUUCGCACUAGAUAUUAAGGAAGUGGACCGGAAACUACCAUGCAAGGACGAAUAUUUCGUCAAAAACCAACCAGUUGAAACGAGGUUCUUGGAUACCCAUGAACAGCUGGAGUGCGUAAGCCGCAGCCAAUAUAUGGGCUCCUUCGGAUUCUACAUGGAAGUUCUAGGCAUCUUGUCAAAAAUACAUUUGUUUCUCAAACAGCCCGUUGAUAUCAGUGCAAUAGCGGAUGUUAAUCAGUGGCAAUCCACCUACCGGAAGCUGGAUAAUGAACUGACUGCAUGGGAAUACCAACUACCGAAAGAGUAUUCAUUCGCCAUGUCCACAAGAUAUUUGGCGCCUUCGAAGUCUAGGUCCGUGCAUUGUGGCUGGAUUAUGUUGCAUGCAGCAUACCAAACUACUAUAAUCCGGCUGCACUCCUCGGCUGCCUAUCCAACUACGCGCUCUCCCAUUUUCACACCCUCAUAUGGCGCCAUCCAGCGGUGUCUGGCCGCUGUUGAACGAAUUCGGACAAUCGCUGGGUUUGUCGUAGACAACAACGUCCUUGACAAAUUUGGCCCCCCUUUUGCAUUUACGCUCUGGGUGUCAGCUCGCCUCCUUCUGGUUAACGGCUCAACUGUAGCCCAUACACUAGAUCCUGCAAUUACUUUCUUCGUUGACUCACUUCGCCGCAUGGGUCAGUACUGGAAAGUUGCAAAACGAUACAGCGAGAUCCUACAGCGAGUCUUGGAUGAAUACAACGAGUUCGAACAAUCUGGUUCUGCGGAUGCAAACCGUACAGCCCCAUCGUCAGUAAAGAUUCUAGCUGACAUGAGACGGUGUGCUUUUGAUCUGGACUUCUUAAUAUCUCACCAACCCCCAAGGGCUGGCAGUUCUAGCCAUACACCAGUCGCUGGAGGAUCCAUAGCAUCUGUAGGCGGAUUGAUUACCCCGAAAGCCACAAAUGCCACUCCUAUUGCACCACAGCGCAACCUCAACCCUCAUGAACUUGAAUAUCUCGAUGUCUUUGAUUUCUUCAAUGUACCACGCAUCCCUCUCCCAGGAGGAGGAAACACUGCUGCUCCGCCAAUAAAUGGCUUAGCGGUAAUGGAUCAAGCACAACAAGUAACGGUCCCAUCUGCCCAGCCACAGGCAAACUCCUCUGCUGUGACUGCGACGGUCGGGGGAAUAUCAGUGACUGAUUUGGCUAAUGCUGCCGCCGCUGGUGCUGCGGCUGCAGCACAGGCAACAAACGAGUUUAAUAUCACUAACUAUAUGGUCCCUACACCGGAGACAGAUUGGUUAUUUAGAGCUACCGCGUAG